AUGUCUAGUUGGUACCAAAAAUUAGUUCAGCAAAAACCUUGGGCCCAAAUUGCUUUUCAGCGUAAUAAUAAAUCAUGGAUUGUAAGAGAAGUAGAUAUAGCUUUGGAAGUACUUAACCUUCAUUCAAUUUUAACUCCUAUUAAUUUAAAAACUAUUGAAACAAAAUUUGAUCCUCAUGCGGGAUAUUAUCCAUAUCAGCAAAAUAAAAAUAGUAAUAUAUGUUGGGUUCCUUUAUUACUCGGCUAUACUGUAUAUACACUUUUUCAAAAUAAAUUUUUUCAAUUUAAAAUCGUUAAAGAUAAAAAUAAUCAAAUAUGUUUCGAAUGGUAUGAUUUUGAUAAUGAUUCAAAAUUUCAAGACUUACAAGAAAAUGGAUCAGAUUAUACAGCUUACAGAAUAACUCGAUGUUAUCCUCAUAUAUUCGAUCAAUAUAACCAAACUAUAAAAGCAUUUCAAAAAGAAACUAGAUUAGAAAAUAGUCUUUAUAAAGUUUUAAUAAUCCUUGUAUAUGAGGUUCAUAACCAGCCCGCGUCU